AUGGAAGUCGCCGAGCUCCUCAAGAAAGGCUACCUAAGGGAGUUCCUCUCAGAUAAGGCCAAGAACCUUCUAAACAAGGAAGCUCAUGGUCUCCUUACCGAAGCAGCUCCCGCAUUGCCACCACAACAAGACCGAGUGAUCCAUGUCAUCACAGGCGGAUCAGAGGUAAACAUAAUUAGUAGUGCCGCUUCCAAGAGAAGCACUCGCAACGCCAGUAACAGUCAAGAGGCCGAGGGUCUUAAGCGCCUGCUCCUCGGAACAGAUGAGAUCAGUUUCACUGCAAGGGAGCAGGAGAAGGUCCUUGCUCCUCAUCAUGACGCCCUUGUCAUUUCGCUUACCAUAGCAAACUGCUUAGUCAAGCGAAUACUAGUAGACAACGGGUUGGAACCCACGUCCCUAACUAGAAAGGCGACUCCCCUUGUAGACUUCAGCAGAGAGGUCAAGCAAACCUUAGGAGAGGUCCUUCUCCCCGUGUACGCCGAGGGGAUAAACAAGGCCACAAAAUUCCUAGUCGUCGACUGCCCUUCAUCGUAUAGUGAUACUAGGAAGGCCUUGGAUCCACGACAUGGGAGCUGUACCUUCGACUUUGCAUCAGCUGGUCAAGUUCCCAACUCCCUGGGGGCAUUAAAGCGGUCAAGGGAGAUCAGGAGAAUGACAGGUCCUGCUACCAGACUACCUUGA